AUGCCAUGGAAGAUAUGGCAUUUCCAAAGCCCCCAGUUACGUGUUCACGAACGUAGCGUCCCGGAAUUCGAGGACAAUUCCGGGCAUCUGGACAAUUCCGCCCCGAAACAAUUUGUAGUCAAGAGUAUCGAAACGGAAUGGCGUACCCUGGCGGAAAACCCGGAAUUUAAGGAAUUCACAAUCACCUCAAAUUUACAUGAAAACUACCACCCACUGCGACUAACCAACAUCGCACGCGCACCCGCCAAAUUCACGAAAAGUUUUGUUGCACCCACCUCUGUCGAGCAGCCAGCCGCAUCCACUCCACUCGGCACCAAAAUACGCCUCGGACGUGUCUUUUCCGAAGAAGAAGACGAUGACGAAGAUGAACAAGAAGAGGAAGUCGUUGAUGAACCUCUCCAGACCGCUGAUCGACGCCCGGUUGCACCCCCUGGCACGCAAUUCGGUUCUCGCAUCUCGAUUAGCACCACAAAGGGCACCACCAAACGCGUUAGCACGACCACGACUCGAAGGAGUACGACUACAACUACCACGACGUCUUCGACAAGUACAGAGGAAGAGGAGGAGGAAUCUGAAGAAGUUCAGGCUCCUAGGGCCUCGAGGCCGAGUCUGGCUACUGCUGCUCCGAAGGUGAGCACGACCGGAGCGGCGAUCAAGUCCGAGGAGUUGGAGACGGUCGAGGACUCGGAGGAGGUCGAGGACGAGCCGAAGAUCGAGCUCAAGCAGUCUCUAGAGAAAUCGGAAGACAAGAAUUUUGCAGAGCUUCCAAAAUCGGUGACGAGCAUCAAGUCGGAGGAGGUUGAGGAGUCUGUAGAUGAGCCGGAGGAUGAGAAGAAGAGGGUUUUGAAGGAGGACAAGGUUCCGGAGCAUGCAAAGAGUGUUUUAAAGGCGUCUGAUGCUGAAAAACCAGUUCAAAAAGUUCAGGAAUUUCCCGAAAAAGUUUUAAAGGCGCUCGAGACCCUUAAAAAAUCCACAGAAACCCUUGAGGAAUCUGAGGAAUCGGGUAUGGAACCUGCCGAAGUCCUCGAAACUGACCCGAUGACUAUCGAAGAGUUGGCCGAAGCCAGCCAUAAAGAGAGCACCACCCCAGUGAGCACGAGCACCACCCCCGUUAUUCUAGUCCCGAGCACCACACCUGCAGCUGUACGCAACGCUACCCUGCACGCGGUGCGUAUCCUCCCCAAAAAACCCACCACCACCGCACCGCUCUUUAUCGAGCAGGGCGAGAGAGAGCACGAGAAGGAGAAGGAGCAAGAGAAAAAGAGCAGCAAGGAGCAAAGGAUGCCUUCAGAAACAGUAGAUGUCGACCCCGAACAGCUGAAGAUGGAUGAGGAGGAUGGAGAUAUGGAUGAGAUCAAGCCACUCGUCAACCCGGUGAUCGUGUGCGCCCUCCCCCCGGAUGCUGGCCACUGCAAAGACUACGUCCCGAGAUGGUUCUUUAACGCGGAAUCCGGGCAGUGCGAGCAGUUCUCGUACGGAUCGUGCGGCGGCAAUGCCAACAAUUUCUUCGAUCGCGCGACCUGCGAGGUGGGCUGUAUCGCGAUGCAUCGGCCGAUGGGUGUUCUGAACAGGAUCCCAGAACGGUGCGCCCACGAGAAGGAGCCCGGCUUCGGCGGUGGCUACAAUGUGUUGUGGUACUUCAACACGAAGAACCUGCGGUGCGAGCAGUUCAUCUACCAGGGAUCCGGCGGAAACCCCAAUCGAUUCGUCAGCAUUACCGCCUGCCAGCAUCAGUGCAGCUCCGAAGGACCCUUCGCCCAAACGCAGCCGCCCACCACACAAUCCACGCAAAGGCCCACCACCCAAAAUCCAUUGGAUUCGACGGAUGCCGUCACCGUACCAUUCGUCGCCACGCAGCCACCACAGCCCGUGCCCCAGCCACCGAAAAUGUCGAAAGAGGACAUGGAGAAAUUCGACAAGGAGUACAGUCACGAGGAGAUGGAGAAGGAGGAUGAGGAUGAGGACGAGGAGGAGGCCGACGUUUCUGCUGACCAUCGAGCCCUUCUCGAACCAAUCCCCGAUCAUGUCAAAUCCUUCGAAAAGAUCGAAGACGUCGAUCUGGUGCCCCCACCAUCAUCCCCAAUCGUUGGAGGCCUUCAGCACGAGACCCCCGGUGAAGUUGCCCAUCCUCCAGCUGUCCGUGGUGACAAGACCCUCAUCGCCCUCCAGCCCAACCAAAUCCCGGACAACUCGAACCCGCAGUACAAGGUCGAGCCUCUGCCAGUGGAAGGAACACCAUUGGGCCCGAACGCCAACCAGCCAAUCGUUGGCCCCAGCCCGCCCGAGUCGGUCAACUACCAAACCGGAGCCAAGCCGAAAGCCCACGGGAUCAACAGCUUCUCCGAGCUGAACGCCAUCGACAUCGACAAGUUCGACGUGCCGGAGGGGGCUGAAGGAUCGGAUGAUACGGUAGAUGGAGGACAACUCGUACCCGCUUGCCCCAACGGGCUACAGGCACAUCGCUACGUGGAUGGACGCCCGGUACAAUGUCUGCCCGGCCGCAAUCAAUGCCCCGUCGAUUCGGUGUGCUAUUUCAACGGACUCGACUAUUUCUGCUGCCCUACCGUGGAGGAUCCCUAUGAUAAGCACAUUUUCGGCGGCUACGACGGCGAGGAGACGAAACAGGGAUACAAGCAGUUCGGUCCGCUCAAGAUUCGCCGAUUACGCGAUGCUCCGAUCCGUGACAAGCGCUCUCUCCGCCAAAAGCGCCAGACGGCCUUCAGCAUGGACGACAUCGUGAUGCCGCUCCGGUUUGAUGCCGAGAAGCCCCGGCAAUUCGCCAGCGCCGCAGCCGUCAUGGGCACCUCGCAACGCCGCAGGAAACAGCCAAGCAAAUGGUCCCCUCUCGACCGUGACGUCUCAAUUUGCAUCCAGCCCGUCCAGGUCGGCGACUGCCAUGCCCAGCAUUCCCGGUACUUCUACGAUCGCAACACCGACACUUGCCAACCCUUCUACUACUCUGGCUGCAAGGGAAAUGCCAACAAUUUCUUGAGCCUCGAUGAUUGCCAACGCCUCUGCGUCAUUGGACAGCGACGGCCAUCCGCCGCUACCGUAAUCGAGGAGGAAAAGCCAGUACCGGCCGGCCAAUGUCCCGGAGAGCAGCCACCACUUGGCGGCAAAUACCCAGUGCUGUGCGGCAACAAGAACGACUCGUUUGGCUGCCCAACCGGGUACUACUGCCGUGGUGGACCACCAGAUGUCUGCUGCCCCGGGCAAAACCCCGCCACCGUGAAAUUUGUGCCUACCGUGCUCGGCGCCAAGACUGACGUCCGCGCUUCGGUUGACGCAUCUGAAGAGGAAGAGGAGGUUGAAGAUGAGACCGUUACUGAGCAGCCAACCACCACUACAACUGCCGGCAAGAAAGCCUACCUCGAAGUCCCCGAAUUCAUCUGCCCGGAUGCUUCGGACCCUCUAUUCGGCCGUAAUGGCCGUCCCCUCCUCUGCGGUGCUGGUUUCGACGGAGUGAAGAUGUGCCCCCGCGGCUUCUACUGUGCCAUCGACGCCGGUAGAGGAACGCGCCUCUGCUGCCCACUUCUCGGCUCGGCCUCACGCAUCCCCAACGAGCAGGUGGAUGCCCCAUACUUUGGCCGCCGUCAAGCUAACCCCGGAGAGGUCGUUGGCCGUGGCAGCCUUCCGGAAGACGCCAGCAGCUCAGCCGCCGCCAGCAAGGAAGAGGAAGCCGACUACACGGUGCCGGAAGUGACCGUCCAGGAGACAAGGCUCGCCAGUUCAGCUUCUGUCCCCUCCCGCCCCUCAAAACCCGCGCCGCGCCAACCUGAGCCCGUCAACGAAGAGGGGGAAGCCGACGAGGACGAGUAUGAGGAUGAGGGAGCCGAGCAAGGAGACUUUGCCAAGCUGAAGAUGAAGCCCGAUCGCCCCGUCAACAAGGCACAGCAAAUCGCCAACUCUCCUGAAGUUGACGGCGUCCACAUCGAGAUUGAAUCGGAGACAGAUGUCGUUGACGCUGAAGCCCCAUCGGCCCUUCUCGGCUCAAAGGAACACCCCGAGCAUCGCGACCUAUCCGAAUGCCAGCUCGCACCGUCCGUUGGCCGGAUAUGCCGCGAAGAUGAGCCGGCACCGCGCACCAACCUCCACUACUACUACUCGCCCAAGGACAAACGGUGCAAACUGUACUUCUACAAGGGCUGCGGCGGCAACGCGAAUCGAUUCGAGAAGAAGGCCCAAUGCGAGGAGGCGUGCGCUCGAGUC